UUUAUUUUUUUUAGGUCUCCAACUAAGGGGUCCCCGACCAAUGGAUCUCCAAGCUCCACUCCAGCUAAAACAGCGGAUGGAGGCACUGUGGAGGCCCUGCCCGGGCCCCCGUCUGCUGGGGCCACUAAUGCUGUGUCGAAUGAUUUGCUGGAUCUGGACCUCUCCAGUGCCCCAGAGCCCACAGGAGCGGCAGCUGCACCCACGUCCUCCUGGGGAGAUCUGCUUGGGGAGGACUCCUUGGCUGCUCCUGCUAGCUCCUCCGAAGCUCUUCUGUCUGAACCCGCCCUUACCGUAGACUCCGCCCCCACUCCCGCCGCCGCCGCUCCUGUCACGCCCUCUGCUGCUCCUUCUGAGGCGACCCCAGCCCCCUCGGCCGCCACUCUGGCCCCUCCCCCUUCUGCCGCCGCUCCCUCCAGCCCUGGAGACGUGGACCUCUUUGGAGACUCCUUCUCCGCCCCCCCAGGAGAAUCCGCGGCUCCUGCUGAAGGCGUGGCACGAGCAGCCACGCCCACACCGGCAGACACGGUCGCGGUCCCGGGAUCCGACCCGUUUGCCCCCACUGAGGGCAGUGCAGAAGUUGCUCCAGGGCUGGACCUCUUUGCAAUGAAGCCUGCAGAGACCAGCGUUGCCGUAGUAACCCUCAGCUCUAGCGCCGUGCCGACUGUCGCCCCCUCCACCCCCACCCCCGCCCCCACCGCUGCCUGUGUGGCUCCCUCGCUAGAUCUGUUCGGUGAUUUAUUUGAUUCUAUGCCUGACCAAAGCUCCGCUCUAGCUCCCAAAGUCGACGCAGCACCUAGCCUAGACCCGUUCGCCGCAGCUGCCCCGGCGACCUCGCGCGGCCCCUCCCCCUUACCCGACGCCGGCCUGACCGCAGACUUCCUGUCCGAUGCAUUUUCUACCCAAGCUGCGCCUCUCGCUGCUGCAGCUUCUCCUGCCAAAGUGGAUGCCGGUGGGAUGCUGGACCUGUUCGGGGCAGAUUCGUUUGGCGGUUCUGGCGGUGAGUCCCAGCCCACCGCCCCAGGAGCCCCUGGUGUGGACUUACUAGCUGGGCUCAUGAAUCCCGCCCCUGCAGCAGCAGCUGCCACUUCCCCAGCCCAAAACAGUCUCAUGCAGCCAGGGUUUAACGCAGCCUUUGGCUCAGCCCCAGCAGCAGCGCCCUCUGGUGGCGCAGAGGCUUCACUGUUUGAUGGAUUAGGCGAGCUGCUCAUGCCUGCAGUGACGCCCCAAGGGCCCGGAGCAGCCACCUCACCUGGGAAAGCCAUUGGAGGCGACCUGGACUCCUCCCUGGCCAACCUGGUUGGGAAUCUAGGAAUGGGGAAUCAAAAUAAGGACUUGCAGUGGAGUGAGAAGAAGAUGACAGGAGGGGCCAGCUGGCAGCCUCAGCCUGGCCCCUCCCCCGGGCCUGUUACAGGAGGUAUGGUUCCUCCCAUGGGGGUGCAGCCUGGAUUCGGCAUGCCUGCAACAGGCGGAGCUGGAGCUCCCAUGAUGCCUCAGAUGUUCUCUCAGCCAAUGAGGCCACAGUUUCCUGCGGCAGGAGCACCUGGAGCGCCCGGUGCACCGAUGCCCGCAGCUGCUCAGAGCCCCAGAAAGCCGCCUCCUUCGAAAGAUCCCCUGGCUGACCUCAAUAUCAAAGACUUCUUAUAAACUCCCAGGUGCUGUGAGUAUUACUGGACCCCCAAGGAAAUGUCAGCUGAGGUGUUCCAAACGUUCCAGAAUGCAGCUCCUUUUUCUCACUGUCGCCCCCAGUUGACCAAUGUUGUACUGUAGCACAAUCUGUAAAAGUGAACUGUAUGAAAAAUGUGCUUGUCUCAGUGUUAUAAUUUAACUUAAAAAAAAAAGAAAAAAAGAAAUAUAGUGUAUUUUGACUCUUGUUUUAAGUGUUUGUGGAGGUGAAAAGCGGGGGUCUCUAUGGUGAUGCCUUCCCACACGUACCAGCCUCAAUAAUGUAUGGUCAGCUGUGGGAUGGCUGAGAUGUAUAUAAUUCUUAUUGUCAGCACAUUAUGUUCCCUCUGUUAUAAAUAUAAAUAUAUAUCUGUUCAAGAAAAUAUUGAUGUGACUCUGAUAUCAAAUUGUAGAUGUUACGUGACCAUUAUCAUCCAUCAUCAAUCCAGCUUUACUUUGGAACAAAUAUAAAUAUAUAAAUAUGAAUAUUAUAAGUAUAAGGUCAUAUAUUAACAUGUCAAGGCUCCUGUACCAUUACCAUUAAAUCCUCCAGUGUAUCUGUAUGUUUUUUCUUCUAUUGUUCCUCGUAUUGUGUGCUACAUGCAGAGAGUUAAGACUUUAAUGUGUUGCUUUUUUCAGUAUGUUAAACUACAAAACUAUAUGCAAGACAUUGUAUUGACAGAUUACAUUUUUAUCUUGGUAGCAAGAGAAAAUGUAUCAGGUAUUAGUUAUAUCUGCAGACUUAAACAUGUAAAAAUUGCAAUGGACUCGCACUUCUUUAUCAGCAAGCUCUGGUGUUUUGGCAUCCUGACUAAUGAAUGCAACUCAUUUAAGGUGAUUGACAGGUGUCGUGCUCAUGGUGGGAUUGGGGUCUCUCGUAUUAUCCCAGCAUCAAUGUUGUGUGCACCCACUAUCUUUGGUGUUUGUCUAACAGACCUAGCUAAUCUUUUAUUGUAAUGAAUCUGGCCUAUUUUUGUAUUACCAUAGAAGAAAAAACAACCAGACAAAGGAUUGGUUCUUAACCUCGCAAAACAAUUUCCCUCGCCUUCGUCAACGCAUAAGUUCUUUCUACGGUGGUGUUGCAGGUGAGGUUCUCUGUCCUGAAGAAAUGGCUGUUGAUCAGUGUUAACUGUGUGUCCUCAUGAGGUCUGUAGAGCCGUUGGGAUCUGCAUGACUAUAGACUCUAUGGACCAGAUGUACUGGAUGCUUUGUGAAUUGUACCAUUCUAAGUGACUGUGACCACAAUUGUUGUAAAGAAAUAAUGGAUAGAAAAUAAGACAACUUAAGUUUGGUUCUGGUUUCUGUUUCUGUUUGCUUUGUUUAACACCCACUACCCAGUGCAUGUAUUCCAUUUGAAAUGCAAUAAAUUCACUGAUCUGAAGAAACAAUUA